AUGUCUCGCUACAUCAACUUAGUAAAAAUUUGCAUCAUUUUUGAAAGUAAGAUAAGACUGUUCCAUGCAAGCCCCUUGAGGAGUUUAAUAUCAAAAUAUACAGAGAAAAACUAAAUGAUUUAUAUGGAAAAUCGCCUGUAGCAUCUUAACAUACUUAACCCUCAUCUCCUAAAAAGAAUAAUAAAAUUAAAUCCAAGUUUUGAUUUAUUACAAACUAAAUUAAAGGAAUUUUCAAAUAAAAAAAGUGCUUCGCCAUUAAAAUCAAAAGUUGAUCACGGUUCUCCAACUAGAGCUUCAGGCAUUCAAUAAAUUUCUAAGAUAGGGACCUUUAAUUUUACAUUGCCAUAAAAACAAAUGAGACUUGCAUCUGUUAAUAACAAUUAAUAGUUCAAUGGACCAAUAAGUGAGGAUAGAAAAAUAUAUCCAGUUCGAUUUGAAACUGAGGUCCAAGAAAAAUCAUCUUUUGCUUAGAAGCCGAUUACCAGUAUGAUACCUCUACACGAAAUUAUGAACAUGAGAAACAAAUUAGAAAAUGCCCAGUUAAAUGUUAAUUAAAUUAGUUCUGCUUAUACAAGUGAAAUGGUUAAAUUGGCCUCUGUUAUCAACUCCUAAUUGAAAAAGAAAUAAAAAUGA